AUAAACACGCGAGGGUUGGCCAUUGGUGGGUCGGCCGGAAGAGUAAGCAAGCACCAGAAAGCGUCUGGCAGCCAGAGGUUGGGAGCGUGUCUCUCUGUGGCAUUCAUUCGAAGUCUCCGGCGCACCGUCCCUUCCUCAUUCGUCGGUCCUCCUCCAUGGCUCUCCCAGAGACCUCACGCCGUAACUCUCUGAUCCCUACCUUCCUCUACUCUCCCUCCUCCCCCAAAACCUUGCAUCUCCAGAACAUGCUCAACUCUACCUCCGCCGCCGGCUCUUCUUCGGCUUCCAAUAUCGAAGUCGGAUCGCCCAGGCCCAACUUCAUGAUUCCCGCUCCAAGUGAGCCUGGUAAGAUCCAGAUGUACUCGCCUGCCUUCUAUACUGCUUGUACUUUCGGUGGAAUCCUCAGCUGUGGUCUCACUCACAUGGCGGUUACACCUCUUGACCUUGUCAAGUGUAAUAUGCAGAUUGACCCUGCAAAGUACAAAAGUAUCUCGUCUGGAUUUGGAGUAUUGCUUAAAGAGCAGGGAUUUAGGGGUUUCUUCAGAGGCUGGGUGCCUACCUUGCUUGGUUACAGUGCUCAGGGUGCUUGCAAGUUUGGUUUUUAUGAGUUCUUUAAGAAGUAUUAUUCUGAUAUUGCCGGUCCAGAGUAUGCAGCCAAAUACAAGACCUUGAUCUACCUUGCUGGUUCAGCGUCUGCUGAGGUUAUUGCUGAUGUUGCGCUUUGCCCCUUGGAGGCUGUAAAGGUUCGAGUUCAAACUCAGCCUGGUUUUGCUAGAGGUUUGGCUGAUGGGCUCCCAAAAUUCGUUAAAUCUGAAGGAACCUUGGGGCUGUACAAGGGACUUGUUCCUCUCUGGGGACGCCAAAUCCCGUAUACAAUGAUGAAGUUUGCUUCUUUUGAGACUAUUGUCGAGUUGAUCUAUAAGCAUGCCAUCCCCACGCCAAAGAAUGAGUGCAGUAAACCUCUGCAACUUGGUGUUAGUUUUGCUGGGGGAUACAUUGCUGGUGUAUUUUGUGCUAUUGUAUCUCAUCCUGCUGACAACCUCGUCUCCUUCCUGAACAAUGCCAAGGGAGCUACAGUUGGUGACGCUGUGAAGAAGCUUGGUUUGUGGGGUCUUUUCACCCGUGGACUCCCUCUCCGUAUUGUUAUGAUCGGAACUCUCACUGGAGCUCAAUGGGGAAUAUAUGAUGCUUUCAAAGUUUUCGUGGGGCUGCCAACCACUGGUGGUGUUGCUCCUGCUGCCGCUCCUGCAUCUCAGCUAGCCAAGGCUUAGAAUCUCCAAUGAAGCGAGAUACGAGUUCAUUUCUACCCGCUAGAUCACUUAGAAAACCAACGCAAAGACCAUAAAUAAAGUAAGUGCUGAAGUUGCCUGAGUUAGCUCACGCUCGGUUGGUAAUAUUUUUUUCAAUUUCAGACUUCUGUUACCAAUUUUCAUGUCUCGAGUAAUUAAUUCUUUUGGGAUGGUUUUGCUCUCAUCCUUAGUGCUGAACAUUUUAGUUAGGGAUGAUAUAGUUUUGCGUGUUAGAAUCAUUCAUCCCAUGGAAAAUGUGAUACACAUUUUCUUUCUAAUCUCUGCAAAAAUAUGGACACGUGCAAUGCAUAAAUUGUGACUUUUUCCCCCUUAAACUAUUUUAUUGGAUGUUCAUGAUUGAA